AUGGCAUACUCAAUGCCUCAAACCCCUGACAACUACCAAACCACCGACUCUCGAAUUCUGAUAGGUGAUGCACCACUCGAUACAGAACCCAUCGCACCAGUAUCGGUGACCACCCUACCACAACUGUUUCAACACAAAGCAAGGACACAACCCGAAAGCAUCGCAUAUUCUGUUCAGACCGACAAUGGAUUGCAAACAAUAACAUACGCAGAAGCAGACGCCAGGGCAUCGUCGCUGGCCUCAUGUAUCGCAACUCUCUCCCAACGUACUGAAGACGACCAAGCGCCAACAGUGGCCAUCUGGUUGGAAAAAGGCCUUGACCUCGUUCUCGCUAUCCUUGCCACCACAUACUCUGGCGCUACAUGGCUGCCCCUGGACCCGGACGUUCCCGCCGAGCGUGCUGCUGUCUGCGUGGUCGAUGCUUCGGUCUCUCUAAUCAUCAGCGAUGCAGCGCAUGCUGAUCAGGUCCGGGAAGUGCAAGAGCGAGUCGCUUCAUCAACAUCAGCCGAUAGCAUAUCGAGGCUUCAGUGCCGCACACUCACCCAAUUGACUCUAGAAGUACAAUCACGAGUAUCGCAAGGCCUUGAUGCCUCCACACUCGCCCCGGUCCUUGGCCCUCGACCGCAAGAUGCUGCCUACCUCAUCUAUACCUCAGGAACUACUGGAAUGCCCAAAGGAAUUGCUAUCCCGCACUCUGCUGCUCUCGUGUUCUCCCUCAGUGAGCGAGAAGUCCUGGAAACAAGUCCCCGUGACACAGUCUGGAAUGGAUUCAGUCCGGCUUUCGACAUGUUUGUCGAAGAGAUGUGGGUGACCAUCGCCGGAGGAGGUCACCUUGCCAUUGGAACUCGUGCAGAAUGCAGAGACGUCCCAGCAUUGCCGGCAGUUUGGGCGAAGCGUGGCGUCACCGUCGUGAACGCAGUGCCUACACUCAUAGGCAUCAUGAACAUUGCACGAUCGGAUGCAGGCGACUCUCUUCUUCCCUCAUCAAUUCGUCUUAUCAACCUUGGUGGUGAAGCCUGCCCACCUGCCUUGGUGAAAAGUCUCGCAAAGCCUGGUCUUCGCAUCAUCAACACAUAUGGUCCCACAGAAACCACUGUUACUGCCACUUGGGACGAGCUGCAACCCGACGUACCUGUCACAAUCGGCAAACCCUUACCUGGAUACCAUGCUUGUCUACUUCCUAUCUUUGACGACAGCUCCUCGGCCACUCUUGCGCCUCUCGAGUGGUGUGAAGGAGUUGAAGGAGAGCUUGCCAUUGGAGGUCCUUGUGUUGGUUUAGGCUACGUUGGACGUCCUGACUUGACAUCACAGAAAUUCCUUGAACACCCUCUAAGAUCCGGCACAAGCGAGAAGUUGUAUCGCACUGGUGAUCGUGUACGACUGCAAGCAGACCGCAAGAUCAUUUUCCUUGGACGCAUCGACACUCAAGUGAAACACCGCGGAUUCCGAAUUGAGCUUGGCGAGAUCGAGUCGAGACUCUACGACGUACCAGACGUGCAAGCUGCAGCUGUUAUCCUGGCCAACGCCGGCUCAGACAAUGCCCGUCUUGAAGCCUUUGUGGUUCUCAAGGACGGUGCUGCUCAUGACAUUGCCACAAUCCGUCAAGUUGCUUUCGAGAGCUUACCGGCAUACAUGCGUCCAGAAGAGGUAUUUUUCCUCGAAUCGAGUGAGAUGCCUCGACUUCCCAGUGGCAAGAUCAACGGAAAAGCGCUACAAGAGGUCUCGACGCGUCUUCAUGCUGAGAGAGCGGCCGUCCGACCAAGCGGCGAUGACACUGAUAUCUCCUCAGUGCCUUCUUUCGUCGAAAUGGAAGGUGUACUGGGUCUGAUGCUAGCCACAUUAUCGCCAUUGUUCCCCGGAGCCCGUGUGCAACCUGAUAGUGACAUUUUCACCGACCUGGGAGGACACUCAUUGAUAGCAGCAAUUUUGAUUUCACGACUGCGACAGGCAAAGCUUGACAACGAUGAGACCCGGCCUUUCGCUUCUAUCGGCCUUGCUGAUAUCUAUGAACUCCGUACGCCAGCCAGUAUAUCCUCUCGCUUCGAGAUAUCAGAAAAGUCUAAGGACCUUCGACUCGAUCUUCAAGAGAUCACCUCACUGGACAGCGACUUUGAAGGAACUGGUCCAUGGACUGGCGAAUACCUGCCUGUAUCGCAGACUAAAUUUGUGCUCUGCGGUAUUGCUCAGCUCUUACCUCUCCUGUUCGUUUUCUUCUUGCAAUCCAUCGAGAUUCUGGUCCCCUAUCUGCUUUUCGACUUCCACGCCGUCGCUGGUCGUAUUGGUUUUGCUAUUCUCACAGCCUAUGCUGUCUUUGUGGUCAUUCCACCUGCUCUGAGCAUUGUGGCAAUUGCAGGCAAAUGGUUGAUCCUUGGAAAGGCACGACCAGGAGAAUACCCUCUGUACGGAGUGUACUAUUUCCGCUGGUGGUUCGCAGAUCGCCUUGUCUCGCUGGCGAACCCUAAGCUAAUGGCGGACUCUGGGUUGUAUCCCAUCUUCCUGCGAGCUUGUGGUGCGAAAGUCGGAAAGUUCUGUCACCUUGGUGCGCUACAAAUCGGACCAUGUGCUGAUCUCGUCGAGAUCGGAGACGAUGUCGUUAUCGGUGGUGAUGUUGUACUUGGUGCUUGUGUGGUCGAGAGAGGACGAUUGGUGCUGCAGAGGGUCGUCAUCGAGAAUGGCGCCUCCGUUGGCUCACGCUGUGUCAUUGAAGGCGGUGCCACUGUCAGCGAAGAGGCAGAAGUUGCAUCGCUUUCCCUGGUUCCUUCUGGUAUGAUCGUGCCCAGUUUCCAUCGUUUCCACGGAUCACCCGCCCGUCUCGACAAAGUGAAGAAGGCCGAAGACUCUCCUCGCCCACAAGAUACCAGACCUUCAAAGGCUCGCGCAACAGCUAUGCUACUUGGUAACUCAGUUGUCGCAUUCCUGGUGCUACCUCUUCUCUACUUUGUGCCCCAGAUUCCAGGAUUGAUGCUCUUCGAUGUUCUUGACAUUCGUUCAAUCAAUGGGUGGCAACAGACUGCGAUUCUCUCGGUACCGAUCGCUUUCGCAUACCAAAUCUUGGUCUUCCUGCAAUUACUACUCUACCGCCACAUCUUCCUUGGGCGUCUCAAGGAAGGUACCUACAGCACAUACAGCGUUUUCUACCUUCGCAAGUGGUUUAUCGAGAGAUUAAUGGAUCUCGCUUUGGACGUACUUCACCCUGUUUUCGCUACUCUCUACAUUGUUCCUUUCCUCAGAGCUCUAGGCACCAAGAUUGGCAAGCGUGCUGAGGUCUCUACCGCCCGCAAUGUUUCAUUUGAUCUUCUCGAGAUUGGCGAAGAGAGUUUUGUCGCUGAUGCCGUCAUCAUGGGAGAAGGAGUUGUCAAGGGAAACAAGCUGACGCUACAAAAAACCAAGCUAGAACCGCGUGCUUUCGCUGGCAAUGCUUCCGUCCUUCCUCAGGGCACUACAUUGGCAUCUGGCACUCUUUUAGGUGUCCUUUCCAUCGCCCCGCCUGCAGAUACACAGAUGGCGAAUAACAGCUCCUGCUUUGGAUCUCCACCAGUACUCAUGCCCAACCGUCAGCGCGCCGAAGGUCAUGAGGAUAGCCUUCUCUUCCGACCAUCAGCUGGUCGCAUUGCUGCACGUCUACUCAUUGAAGGGCUUCGUAUCGUUGUACCACGCUCAAUCAUCAUCUUCGGACUGGGUUUCGGAUUGCAACUCUGCCAUGAUGGCUAUGCGAAGAUUGGAGCCGUGUACACACUGCUUAUGCUGCCACUACUCUACCUCAUCUUGUUCGCAUUGCCGGCUCUGCUGUUCACAGCUCUGAUCAAGUGGCUCCUUGUCGGAAAGUACAAGCCUGCAGAAUGGCCACUCUGGAGUCUGAACGUCUGGCUCAGUGAGGCCGUCACGAGUACCUGGGAGACACUCACUGAGCCGCUUCUCGCUGUUCACUUGGUCGGUACGCCAUACCUCGCUAUGUGCUUCCGUCUCAUGGGUGUAACCAUUGGCUCAAGAGUCACUUUCCUCUCCUCUGAUAUCACAGAGUUCGACUGUGUCACAUUGGGCGAUGAAUGUAUCGUCAACAAGACUUGCGGUGCUCAAACCCAUCUUUUCGAGGACAGAGUCAUGAAAGUGGGAAAUGUGGUUUUGGGAAACAGGGCUUGUCUGAAGCCGUUCAGUGUUUGUCUUCCUGGUAGCACCAUUGAAGACGAAGGUCAACUCGGUGGUUUGAGUCUGUUGAUGAAGGGAGAGGUGUUGCCAAGGGGCACUGCUUGGGAAGGUGCACCUGUUGUUCCCAGAGCAAGGAGAUAG